GGAGAAUUUAGGGUUUCAGUUCGAUCUUCUUCUAUUUGAACUACCUUUGUUCUGUUCUUACUUCGUUUUGUUCUUCACACCCUGUUCUUUUGGUUACUGAAACUUGAUGGCAGGAGAGAGAUUCUCCGCCAGAAAAGUUGGGUCUUCGUGUUUUGAGUCGGUGAGCUGGGGUCGGAAUUUUCGCCGUGAGGAAACUAGAUGGCGAUUUGACUCAAGGCAUGGAGAGAUUAGGUCCCGUAGAGGGUUUUGUUCGGAGUUCAAGAGGGUUGGAUACGAAGAAGGAAUCGUGCACGAGAAAAGAUCUGAUCAUGGGUUCAAAUGGGUUCGAUACGAAGAAGGAAUCGUACAUGAGAAAAGGUACGAUCGUGAGUCCAGCGGCGUUGGAUAUGAAGGAGGAAUCCUGCACGAGAAGAGGUCCAAUCGUGGGUUCAAGAGGGUUCCAUAUGAAGAAAGAAUCGUACAUGAGAAAAGGUACGAUCGUGAGUCCAGCGGGGUUGGAUAUGAAGGAGGAAUCGUGCAUGAGAGAAGGUCCGAUCAUGGGUUCAAAAGGGUUCGAUACGAGGAAGGAAUCGUGCAUGAGAAAAGGUCCAAUCAUGGGUUCAAAAGGGCUCGAUACGAGGAAGGAAUCGUCCAUGAGAAAAGGCACGACCAUGGGUCCGAUAAGGUUCGAUGCAAAAGAGGAAUCCUGCAUGAGAAAAGAUCCGACCAUGAAUCUAAGGAGGAUCGAGUUUGCGAAGUAGUGAAUCCGGUUGAAGAACGUCUUCUGCCUUUGAAGAAGAGAAAGGGGUUCAGGUUCUCUGUAGUUCCCCCUGACACCGCAAAAUCCACUGUAAAAAGGCUCAAUUUGGUGGGUUUGGCGAAGUUAGACUCACGGCCUCUACAGUUGCCACCGGCGUUACGAGAUUUGGAAGAGGGUGAGAUCGUUGAAGAGUCACGAAAGUUGUCGCCUUUUGUAGAACCGAAGGGAGGAGAAAUCACUGAAGAGUCUGUUGCGGUGAAGGCUGUAUCCGCAAUCCCCAGAAGCAGAGACCCAAUUCAGAACUGCACCCGCCUGUCAGAGUACAGAUUACUGGGCAAGAUCAACGAGGGCGCAUAUGGUGUUGUUUAUAAGGCCAUGGAGCAGAAGACUGGAAAAAUUGUGGCACUGAAGCGGAUGAAACACGAGAAAGGAAAGACUGGAUUGCCUCUUGCAGCCUGGAGGGAGAUCAAAAUCUUGUUCUCCUUAAACCACCCUUCAGUUUUGAGUGUUAAGGAAGUUGUAAAGGGCGAGGGUGAUGAUUUCUUUAUGGCUAUGGAAUUUAUGGAGCAGGACCUCAAUCGAUACAUCAAAUCGAGGAAACAGGGUUUUAGUACUGGUGAGGUGAAGGGGUUGAUGCUCCAGCUGCUGGAGGGAGUUUUGUAUGUUCACCAAAACAAGAUUCUCCACAGAGAUUUGAAGACAGCAAAUCUAUUGCUGAACAGUGAGGGUAAGGUGAAGAUAUGUGACUUUGGACUGUCGUGCCGCGAAACAAAUGAUGGGAAGCCACUGACAUCUUUAGUGGUUACAUUGUGGUACAGAGCACCCGAGCUUCUUUUGGGAGCAACGCGCUAUUCCAAAGAGAUUGAUAUGUGGUCUGUAGGGUGUAUAAUGGCAGAGUUGUUGAAGAAGGAGCCACUUUUCAGGGGGAAAUCAGAAAUUGAUCAGGUGAAUUCCAUAGUCACAGUCCUUGGCACACCCACAUUGAAGAACUGGCCUGGUAUGUCCACUUUACCAGGAAUCAGCAGUGUUACUUUUGUAAAGCAGCCCGAGAAUCAACUUCGGCAAAAGUUUCCCAUACUUUCUGAGAUGGGGUUGGAUUUACUCAAGGGAUUUCUCACUUAUGAUCCAAGGAGAAGGAUCACAGCAAAAUCCGCACUACAGCAUCCCUGGUUUUCUGAGUUCCCACAUCCCAAGCCAUUAAGAAUGUAAGCCGUAAAAUGUUGUCAGAAUUGAAAUAUUUUAUGACAAUUAAUUGAUUGACAUUUCUUAUGUUGUUUCAUCCCAAUUGAGGAAUCCUGAUCUGUUUUCCGAGAAUGGAUAUUGCUGUAUAGUUUAAUCAUUUGUAUAAACUGUGUUGUCCCUUUAACAUGAACUGGAGUUUGGCAUUUGGUUCCCUUAUUUAAUGGAACUAAAUAAAGUUACCUGCAUGUU